UCCCAUUGUUCAUCAUGCCGAUUCCAACUGGUCGCUACAUUAUCCAGAACAUUCGCAGCAAGAACCAGCUGCAGCUGCCUGACCCUAACGAUGGCUCUCCUGUGCAAGCUACCUCCGAGGACCAUACGGGGACUAUCCCGCUGAGGUGGAACAUCGUACAGCUCGGUAACGGCAAGUACACCAUCCAGAACCAGGACAACGCGUCGUACGCCAACUGUGGGCACCGCUCGUCGCCCGGCGACGAGGUCGUUGGUCGACGCAACGGCCAGCAAUUCUCCAUCCAAGAGACGAGGGUCAGGGGACAGUACACUAUCGCCCCAUCUGACUCUCAGUUGUGCUGGAGCCUGCCAGACGAUGAGCUCGACACCCCUGUCGUCCUUGCGUCGUCCUUCACGGACUCUCGCAACCAGUGGCAGUUCAUCAGGGCUUGAGGAUGUUGAGACCUGUUGACAUGUCGGAGUGUGCACGCCAGCGUAUCUUCUGAGUAUAUACAUGAAAGCCUCUCGCGUUACCUUUAAAUGUUUAAAUCCAUUUGUCUCGGAAACAUUUCGUCGCUGAGCA